UCAGCCUCCCACAUCCUUCCAAUUGACGGGCACAUGCGUAAAAGCCCCCCACCUCCUUAAACCCUGACGAUGAAGCGCCGAUCGACGUACCCCACCUCGCCCCAAAACCCGAGCCCCAACUAACAGCUUCGCACCUCUCAGGUAACUCGUCCUUGGGAAAAGUUUCCGAUGCAGAACUCCGCUCCAGCGCCGUCCGGGAUGGUCAGCCACUGUCAGCCGACGUUCCCCGACUUCGGCGUCGGACGAGCGGACACGUGGGCGCGGCGCGCCGGGACCGUUGGCUUCGGAGGAGCUCACCUUUACCCCCAGCACGUCCACAACCACCACCGCGAGGACUCCGGCGCCAAGCGGCCGGUCGAUGGCGCCGCCGCGCCGGCUGUCAAAGCGCAUGUGGCCGCUAAAGCUCCGCGCUCCUGCUUCACUUUUCCUCAGCUGCAAGGUAACAGCGGUUACUGCUCGGACAAGAAUGGCGACGCGGAGCUGGGUGGCGCCCAGGAUACCAUGAUGCCAUGUGGGCAGAGUUUGCCACUGCCCUUGGGGGGUCACCCAGGAGGGCUUUACCCGCAGAGCCUCCACUGUGACAGUCCUGCGCCUGAUCUUCUCCUGCAAGACAGCCCGCACCAGGACGCGAGAUCAUCCACUUUCCAGAGGACCCUAACUGAGGCCUCGCCCGGCCUAGGUCCGUCGUCUCUACCGUUUUCGAUCAAAGAAGAGGACGCAAUGGGCUACGGCGUGUCAGGCACGGUCCCGGGUGUCCAGACCGGGUAUCAAGCCGGACUACUUUUACGCAGGGACGACGUAGGUCACGUUGGCAACGACGGCGGAGAUAGCGUGUGCGCAGCGGCAUCACGGGAUGCGUCGCAAGCCUUUAAUAAUGAAGACGGCUCCUCCCCGUCGGCUUUGUCCCCGGCCAGCUCCCGUCAAUCGGCGCGUCCGCUGAGCACCGGUGGCCUGAAAAGACGUCGUCUUUCUCCGGUGUCCGCCUCGGCAGAUUCUCCGUCUGUGAGAACCGCCUCCGAGGAGAUCAACAUCACCGCAAUCAUCUGCGCGUCCUCGCAGAUGUCCAUGGUGGCUCGUGUCAACGGCAUUCGCGCCAACCUCUCGCCCGGUAGAUUCUCUUCGUCCUCUUCUUCCUCGGCCUCCCCUCCGACUGUUCCCUGCUCUCGGGAAGCCCCCCGCAAACCCUUGCAGCAUCAAAGCCCUCAGCGGAACUGUCAACUAUCAAACUCACCCGCCACCUGCCUGCUUUCCCUGUCCUCCUCUUGUUCCUCAUCAUCUUCCUCCGUGUCUUCGGUGGAGCCGGAGCAAGGCCGGGGGCCGUGCGAGGAGCAGGGCUCCAUGCAACUGGGGCGCGGACCCGGACGAGCCUCCCUGGGGAACGCAGGCUCGGACGGGUCGGGGUUAUUCAUGCUCAUGUCGGGGACUGAAACUGGGGCGCAACUGGAGAGGACUCAAAGAUCUGGAGUGGAAACUGUGGCUUUGCUGGACAGGAGUCAAAGAUCAGGGGUUGGAACCGGGGCUCUGCUGGACAUGAGCCAAAGAUCGGGGGCCGCUCUCAAGCAAGAACCCGCGGAUGACUUCCCCCCUAGUGACGAUGAACUCUUGCAGCACCGCUAUCACGGGCACCUUCGUCACCUUCAGCACCCCCGCGCUGCCAUGCCGCCGCCUUACCAUCUGCACCAAUAUGCGGGGGGCAGCCUUGUGAAUACCCAUCCGUCCGCACCGGGCGCCUCUCUGGGACUCAAAUCGUCGUCCGGCGGGCCACCCGAAAGCGAGGAAGUCGGGGCAACCCAGGUCGAUAAACAGUCGUGUCGCUGGAUCGACUGCUGCGCCGCGUACGAGCAACAGGAGGAGCUGGUGAGACACAUCGAGAAGGUCCACAUCGAUCAACGCAAAGGCGAGGACUUUACGUGCUUCUGGGCCGGCUGUAUUCGGCGGUACAAGCCUUUCAACGCUCGCUACAAGUUGCUCAUCCACAUGAGGGUUCACUCUGGGGAGAAACCCAACAAGUGUAUGUUCGAGGGCUGUAACAAAGCCUUUUCGCGUCUGGAGAACUUGAAGAUCCACCUGAGGAGCCACACAGGUGAGAAGCCGUACCUGUGCCAGCACCCCGGCUGCCAGAAAGCUUUCAGCAAUUCCAGUGACCGCGCCAAGCAUCAGCGCACUCACCUGGACACGAAACCAUACGCGUGUCAGAUCCCCGGCUGCACCAAGCGAUACACGGAUCCGAGCUCCCUCCGCAAGCACGUCAAGAUCCACUCGGCCAAAGAACAACAGGUGCGUAGAAAGCUGCGAGCGUGUCCUCACCUGGAGCAGGAUGUUCUGAGCGACUGUCUGUCCGUGCAGCAUCUCCAGAACUCGGGUCAUACUCAGCAUCUUUACAGCAACAAGGAAGGCUGCACAACGGGGCUCAGCCAGGACGUUUUUACAGGCUUGUACGCCGGCUCCGCUACCCCUCAUCACCACGGGGGCCCGGCUGAGCUUCUCUCGCCCGCCGCUGUCGCCGGUACCGCCGCUGACAUGCCCGCCCGACAGCACUGCCUGGAACCGGACCUCAACAGUCCGCGUCAUCUGUCGCCCAUGGCCACCAUGGAGAGCAACCGAGAUGGCGGGGUGUCGGCGCCGCUUCUCUCUCCGGGGAUGAAGGGAACCGUCACUCCGCCUCCUGCUCUUGCGCCCCCCGUGUUGGACAAGCAUCACGUUCAAGCUCAGCACAAGCAGUUCGUUCAUUAUCAACACCAGCACAAUAAUGAAUUUCAAGGUAGCUUCCAGAGCUGCUUCCACUUCGCAGACACGUACCGGAUGGAGCAAACGAUGAGCGGCGGAGGAGAUUCUCACGUCUACGCUUCGCACCAGCAGCACAACGGCUUCCACAUGGCCACCAGCAACGCUAUGGGUUCCGCAGGCUUCAACUUGAAUCAGGAGCUGCAAGGCGGCACCGGCUGUCAGUUCUCCACCGGACCAGAAGAUGGCGCCUUCUUCCAGGCGGCCGGCUUUGAGCGCGGCCUCAGCCACGUGUCGUCCGUGUACACCGAAUCGUAAAUAGUGUUUUCGCGAUGACGUCAAACGUACUUUCAGAAGUGGAAGAAGACAUAAGUCUUCAUUUUUUAGUCAUCACUUUAAGUAGUGGCUUAAUUUCUGCUGCCCAAAAGUACUUUAGCGCUUGUUUUCGAACCAUUUGAAAAAGUCAACACAUAACUGCCUUGAGUCGUACAGAGAUGUCGCCGCCAUAUUGGAUUUGGCAGAUAGGCUCAUUUGUGGAAAAUGCUUCAUUUUAUUUCCGAAAGCCAUUUCUAAUAAUAAUUUCUUCAACUCAUUAGUUGUAAUUGAUGGCGAUAGACAUCCAAUCCAUUGGGACUGAGGGGGUUGGCAGCAAUAUAAUUUUUAACAUUAGCAGCCCCACUUAGUUCAAAUGGAUUGGACAUUUAUCACCGUCAAUAGCAGUGAAUGAGAAGUACUAGUCCCCUUGGAUUAGUUUGAAGGGGACAAACUACGCCACAUCCAAUAUGGCCGAUGCACCGAUAUAUCACGGCAAUGGAAGCCUAUGUAUUCAUGUCUGUUGUGGUAGCGCAUUGACAAACUGACUCCGUCCCAAAGAAUAUGUAAUAUUAAAAAAAAAUUAUACUGUUGUAUCAAAAAUCUACAAAUCUAUUCUUUAAUUUGAAUACAUUGAAAAAUAUUUUGUAAGUUCAGUCAUUUAUGGCGGUAAAAACAAAUAUAAAUAAUGCAAUAAAACCAAAAAAAUGAUGCACACUGAAGAAAUUUCAAAUAAAAUUUUGAUCCAACAACUUUAAUAUUAUUUAAAACUCAUCUCACUUCAUUAAAAAUCACUUCUACAUACAGUGGGGCAAAUAAGUAUUUAGUCAACCACUAAUUGGGCAAGUUCUCC